UGUUCAUGUGCCAAAUACGGGAACUAAAAUAUCUUGACCAUUAAUAUAAAAUGAUUUAUAUCCCUAUUUAGCCAAUCAAAGUAGAAUAGCUUUAGGACGGUCUUUAUUACUAUAUUGUAAACGGUGUCCGUAACUGUAUUGUGUUGUAGAAAUAUGGUUAAUUCGAAGCCGUUAGGUGGCAAAUGAUUGUCAAUUCCGACCGAAAUUUCGUCGAGGAUAUAAUAUAUCCUUUCAAAUUUUUAAUAUGGAGCUAUAAUAUUUUCAUUAUGUGAAAUAAAAACCAAUGAGGAUGAGUUAACAAUAUUACAGGGAAUUCCAGUAAUGUCAAAGAUGUCGGGUGCUAUUGAAAAACAUAACCUAAAAGUAAGACGAAGAAACGUCAACGAUACAGUCAAUCUUUCUAAAGAUCAUGACAAAGAUAUAAAUUUCGCGAACGAACGUAUUCCACUCGUGUUAUUGUCAGAUUCGACCGAAGCUUGGUACGAUGGUAUACCAAGACUACCUGAUCUAACAGAUUUAACAACGUCCGGUAAACAGAACGGAGUGCUCGGUCAAGACAGUGAUUCCAUUAUGGAUAAUUCUUGUGAUAGUGUUGAAGAGCGUAAGAAAAUAAGUGUUAUACGAGGUACCAUCACGAAGCCGGAUUUAUCAUUGGGAGACUUUAAACUACUUGGAUCCAGUAACGGAGGAUUUAUCACUGAUGGUAUACGAAGGGUGCUAUGGCCAAAAAUCUUAAGAUUAUCCAAGGAAAAAAUAGUACCAGUAGAUGAACUAGAAACAAUACAUACUAAAAUUCCUAAUGAAGUUUAUCAGCAAAUACUAAAAGAUGUAGCACGAAGUGGAAGCCAUAUUUCUCCAACUGCAACGGAAGAAGAAACUGAACAUUUUCAGAAUCAAUUAACGCAGAUUAUUUGUUGGGUUCUUCACAAACAUCCCGAAUUAAAUUACUACCAAGGCUAUAAUGACGUAGCUGCAACUAUUUUACUUGUUAUGGGUCUACAAGAAGGUUUAUAUGUACUUGAAAGUAUUUCCGUGGAGUUCCUUGAAAGAUUUAUGGAAAAAACAAUGGAAAAAGUCAAUCAAGAACUGUUUUACAUAUUCGCAUUACUAGAACGCGUUCAUCCCACUCUUCUUGAACAUUUAGAAAAUGUAGAAUUGUUUCCUCAUUUUGCACUAGCUGAAUACACAACAUGGUAUGCGCACAAAUAUGCAGAAAACAGGAAAUUGUUACAUCGAUUGUAUGAUUAUUUUCUUAGCAGUCCACCUUUAAUGCCCCUCUAUCUAAGUUCCGUUAUUGUGGCGCAUCGAGCUACAGAAAUAUUUAAUACUACACCUGAUAUGGGACAUACUCAUAAAGUUUUAUGUACGCUGCCUAAUGAUUUGCCUUUUGAAACACUUCUUAUUGAUGCAAAGAAUUUAUAUCAUCAAUAUCCCCCUGAAUCAAUAAAUAAAGAUGUCAAAGAUUAUGAUUCGAAAAGACGUUGCAAGGAACAAGAAUGGAAAUCAAAAGCAGAAGCAAGUCGUCAGGAAAGAGAAAGACAACGUCGACUUAAAAUUGUUAAAGCUACUCCAAGAAUACCUUAUCGAAUUAGAAGUUACAAAACUAUAACCGUUGUAACAAUUUUAGCCCUCGGAUUGUAUGCAUUUUUGAAAUCUACGUCAGGUCUUAACUGACAUUAAAUGUAUCUUUCCUGCUCAAAAUUUAAAUUUAUAUACAUGAUUUAUAAAUGAAAAUUACUAAUUCCAUAGUAGAUGAUAAUUGGUGUGAAAUAUUGAAUAUUGGUAAAGCUUGAGCAAAAAUGUCUCGUAAAAGAAAAACAGAAAUGGAUUCAAGUUGAAAGCAUUCCUAAGCUGCCUUUAUGCUGUGUUCUUUGAAGGCGCUGACCAGAACUUUCUAUGCACAUACCAUAAAAGUCAUUUGUAGAUAGGUGCCUUUAGAAAAUGGCAACAAAAUUCUUUUUAAAACAAACAAGAAUUAAUUGUUAAGAAUUAAUGAAAAUACAAGCAAGCGUGCAAUGAAAUAUGUAUAGAAGUUAAAUGAGAUUGAGUUGGUGAAUGUAUAUAUGCGUAUUGCGUGUAUUUAUUUGUCAUAUAAAUUGUUUGCUUGUUGUAUAAGAAUUGUAUAUAUAACAUACACAUACAUCCAAAAUAUAAAAGAAAAUACUAUAUGUGAA